AUGCCGCCGCACGAACUUCAGUCUUGUUUAUGCCAACGAUACAACGUAACUACGCUUUCGACUGCCGCCAUGCAGCCCCAUCCCGUGCAUGCUUCUUUACCCUCAGGUAAAACAGAUAGCUACUCACCUUCUCGGACCGCAGUCAGGAGAACGGAUACCCCUCUUCCUUCACCUGCUCGAAAUGAAGCGUCUCCGCCUGCUAACAAUCACCCUUCCCAUUGGCUCGGCGAGUGCGCCACGCCACGCCUUCCCUACACUCGUCUCUUUCCUGUCAACCGAGCAGAAGCUAAGAUGGCGGAUUUGGCGAGUGGGGGACUGGCGCGGAGGGAAAGGGCUACGACGAGUUUCCACAGGAAAGUGCCGGAUGGCGGAGCGGGCCGUUUGGCCGUUCUGCCAGGAACCCGACCUUCGUUGCGACAGGGUCAGCUCCUGCUUUCCAGCGGCGUCCCUUCUCUGGACUGUGUGCUAGGUGGAGGUUUGGCAAUUGGAACCAUUCUUCUUAUUGAGGAAGAUGCACAUGGUGUUUAUUCCAAUCUGUUGUUCAAGCAUUUCCUUGCAGAAGGAAUAGUUUGUGGGCAUAAUUUAUUUAUUGCUUCAGAUAAAGAGGAGCCUGGUGGUAUUCUAAAGGAGCUUCCAUGUCCUUUGCUGAAUCUCUCUGACAAGGAAAUGAGAGAAGUAAUAACUAUGAAGUCAACACAAGAUUCUCAGGAGUCCAUGAGAAUAGCCUGGCGUUAUCAGAACAGUCCAAACCAGGAGGUAACUGAUACAGCCUUUCCAAAAUUUGGACACUACUUUGAUUUAUCUAAAACAAUGGCUCCAGAACUAAUACAAAAUAUUAAGUGGGAUGGUUUUGUCAUUCUUGAAGAAACAGCUUUGGAUCUUGAUGGAAAGUCAUGUAAUAAGGCAUGUGGUUACACCAGACUGCUUCAUUCUAUUCAGAAAGUCAUUUAUCAGAAAGGAUACAAUGGGUCCACUUCUCAGAAAAAGCAAAGAAAUGUGUUGAGAAUAGGAAUUCAGAGCCUUGGUUCAGUAUUAUGGGGUGAUGAUAUCUGUUGUACUGAAAAUCCAGAAAAUAUGCAUAGCCUCACCAGAUUUAUGUAUGUUCUACGUGGCCUCCUAAGAACAUCAUUAUCUGCCUGCAUCAUCACUGUUCCAACUCAUCUGAUCCAGAAUAAAGCAAUUGUGGAACGUGUUACCAACUUGUCUGAUACAGUAGUUGAUCUUGAAUCGUUUAUUGGCUCUGAGAGAGAAACCAAUCCAUUAUAUAAGGAUUAUCAUGGUUUGAUUCACAUACGCCAGAUUCCUCGGCUUAACAGCUUGAUCUGUGAUGUAUCAGACACGAAGGACCUUGCUUUUAGACUGAAAAGGAAGCUAUUCGUUAUUGAGCGAUUGCAUUUGCCUCCAGACUUGUCAGACACAGUGAGCCGCACAAGCAAACAGGAUCUGGCAGUCUCCGCCAAAUUGCUGAGCUCACAAUGUAGUGCGAUGGCCAUGGGCAAGAAGCACCUGGACUUCUAGUGAUUUCAACUUAGCAGCUUCACUCCAAUUUAUAUGACACUCUAAUUAUGACUGUUAAUGACUUUCAUAAAUAUUUUUCUUCAUCGUUGUGACCCAGCAGUCCUUCAAAAAAAAUGUAACUUGCAAGCUUUGUACCUAUCUUUCCAUUCUGUUAUUUUUAAGUAUGCAGGUGUGGUGUUUCAACAGUAAACAAAUGCAUUCGGUAUUGUGAGACAGUUUUAAAACCUAAAAAUAAAUUGCCGUUUUGAGAAAUUAAUUUUCUGUUGUCAAAAACUGGACUUCCAUUACAGGUAAAGUUCAAGAUUGUGACUAAGCCAAAGAAUUUUAAAUGCUUAAUGGAACUACUGUUUUUGUAAAUCAGUACUGUUUUUUUUAAAAAAAAUAAGGAAUUAUUUGUGGUAUGUUAUUUUGAUAUCAAAAGCAGUAUCUCAAAAAUAUACUGUUAAAUAAAAUAUGACAAGUUAUUUUA